AUGUCUGGGGAGUGUCAGAGCCCAGUGUGCAUCCUUGUGGUCAGCCACAUGCCCAGCAGCAAGAACAUUAGCACUGGGGGCAGCAGCAGCAGCAAUGGCAUCUGGGGCAACAGAGGUGACCAGGGCAUCCGAGGGGACAGUAGGUCUGACAUGAGCCCCCUGCUCGAGUCGGAAGCCCCAGUUGUGCAGAGGAGGAAGCUGCGGUUUUGGAACUGCUCUAAGCAAUCUUGCAGAUCUUCCAGAGGGGGCCGCCACCGGGGCUUCAGUGGCCACUCAGCUGUGGUGUCGGGCCAGAGCAGGUCCUCCUCAACAUCCCACUCAGGCAGGGGCGGUGGUGGGUCUGCUGCCUGUGCCAUCAUGGGAGGAGGUUUUGGCAGCAGGAGUCUCUACGACCUUGGGGGCAACAAGAAGAGCUCCACCAGCGUGGCCGGAGGCACCUCCCAGGCUGGAGAGUUUGGGGGGGCCCACAGAGGCAGCGGUUUUGGAGGUGGUGGAAGAGGGAUGAGUGGGGGCUUUGGUGGAAGGGCUGGGGGUUUUGGUGGAGGAGCUGGUGGCUUUGGUGGCCCUGGUGGCUUUGUCGACCCCCAGAUUGGGCAAGUAAAGACCCAGGAGUGGGAGCAGAUCAAGACCCUCAACAACAAGUUUGCCUCCUUCAUCGAUAAGGUGCGCUUCCUGGAGCAGCAGAACAAGGUCCUGGAGACCAAGUGGAGCCUCCUGCAGGAGGAGCAGGGCUCCGGUUCUAAUACCAACAACCACAACCUUGAGCCUUUUUUUGAGAACUACAUCAGCAGCCUCAAGGCCUUCCUGGAUGGGCUGCACCUGGAGAAGGACAAGCUGCAGGGUGAGCUGAGGGGCGUGGAGGAGACUGUGGAAGACUUGAAGAAGAGGUAUGAAGAGGAGAUCAAUAAACGUACAGCUGCAGAGAAUGACUUCGUAGUUUUGAAGAAGGAUGUCGAUGCUACCUACAUGACCAAAGUGGAACUGGAGGCCAAGGUGGAGAGUGUGACGGAUGAGAUCAACUUCCGGAAGGCCCUCUACGAUGAGUUAUCCCAGAUGCAGUCAGACACCAGUGACAUGUCCUUGGUCCUGUCCGUGGACAAAAACUGCUGCCUGGACCCGGACAGCAUCAUCGCUGAGGGCCGCGCCCAGUACGAGGCGAUCGCCCAGAAGAGCAAGGCCAAGGCCGAGGUGCUGUACCAGACCAAGUUGGGUGAGCUGCAGACCACAGCCGGCAGACACGGGGAUGACCUGAAGAACACCAAGGAUGAGAUCUCAGAGCUCAAGAGGCUGAUCCAGAAGCUGCGGGCCGAGAUCGAGAGCGUGAAGAAGCAAAAUGCCAACCUACAGACGGCCAUCACUGAUGCGGAGCAGCGUGGGGAGCUGGCCCUCAAGGACACCAAUGCCAAGCUUCAGGACCUCAAGGCUGCCCUGCAAGAAGCCAAGGAGGACCUGGCCUGGCUGCUGUGUGAGUACCAGGAGCUGAUGAAUGUCAAGUUGGCCCUGGACAUCGAGAUCACGACCUACUGGACCCUCCUGGAGGGCGAGGAGUGCAGGAUGUCUGGAGAGUGCCAGAGUUCCGUGAGCAUCGGUGCCCCCACUGUAGCCCCACAUCCCACUGCCUUAUGGGAAAGCCCCAACCAGCCCCUGCAUGCACUGCUUUCCCCAUCUUGUAGCCAGCCACCCCCGCCCCCCCUGGUCCUCACCUCCUACUGGUGCUUUGAUUUCCCAUGA